AUGUCCCCUGACCCGGUUGGCACGGGGCAGAUUGAUACUGGGUGGGUUCUGGUUCGAGGGCGAUCGCGUGGUUUCAGCGCUUCCACGAGUGCCCCUGAGGCAGGCGGCGGACACACGACUCGGAGAGGACAUUCACCUCAUCUCUCCAUUAGCGACCCAAGUCACCAUGUCACCGAAGCUAUCGGGCAUAUGUACGACGAUGACUACGAUCGCAAUGAUCCGAGGCGUCUCAGUUAUAUAGCGUCACCACUAGGCGAAUCAAUAUCAACGAUUCCGCGAGCCGCCGACUCCGCCGCCCCCUCCACCUUAUCACCUACGCAUACACAUACGCAAAUGCAGAAGCAGAACUCGCCGGUCGAGGGACAGCCCAAGACAACAAAUGGUCACUUACGCCCACCUCUCUCUCCUCAUCGGUCAUUUGACCGCGACAACGAACCCGGAUCCCCAGACUCUACACGAUCAGUGUCGGAAACCGCGACCUCCUCCUUCCCUUUGAACGAUAUCGAUUACGAGUCGGACCCGGCCGCCGUUGUGCAAGAGCUGAACAACCUGGCCGCCAUUCGCCGUAUGUCCAUGGAUGUCGCAGCAACUGGCGAUCCCGAUCUUCCAUCCUAUGGCGGCAACCUCUCCGUUCCAUCCGUACCUCCCUCCCCCACCGCUGAUGAAAAUGACACCUCGAGAUUAUUUUGGGUCCCGGCCAGUCUACACCCCGAGUUGGCACCGAAGGAGUUCAAGACAUUCUUGGAAAGCAAGGCCGAUAUUAUCAAACGGAAAUCGGGCGACUUUUCGUCUCUUGGGCCCGAACGCCAGGGAUCGGGCAGCGGCCUUCGUCGCAAACGGUCUAUGCUGUCUCGACAAAUCGACAGCUCCUCUGGCUAUACGGAUGGUGCGGAUCGAUUGGAGCGACAGCGAUCGCAAUCAAGUCGGCGCGAUGGGAUGCUCAGUCCUAACUUACAGGAGUUGGAAACUAUAGUGGACGAUUCGAAAUCUACCUCCCCGGUCGAUCUCGUGCGAGAGAUGCAAAAUGCGAGCAUCGCGGCCCACGAGGACAAACCGAUUCUACCCCCAGCACCACCAGGACACAGCCUACGAAGAUCGACCCGGACACAGUACAGGAAGGGCAGCUUAAAGAAGGGCGAGAAGCCUCCCUAUUCCAAACGAGUGGGUAGAGGUCUCUCUGAAUCAGCUGGUUCAGCUCCUCCGAUUAUUACUCCAUCCGAUGACCAGUCAAUUCUCGGAUCUACUCGCGCGUCCACGGACUCGGUUUCCUCCACAUCCUCUCGGCCAACGCGUGGGCCCUCGACCUCUUCCCGUGGCACGACUUACUCGGCGAAUGCCCUUGGCACUGCAUUCGACUCCAUUCUUGAUGAUCCGGAAGCUGAGCGAGAGGAGGCGAAUGCUCCUAGCGUCCACCCGCAGAAUGACUCUUUCAACCAGUCGAAUGCAACUGCAUAUGACCGAGAAUGGAAUUCUCGCGUCGAUUUGAAUGGCCGAUCUAAUACAAACACUCCCCAGAAUCAGCAGACCGUCCCUGCGAUUAUCGAGACACCCCCCAUCGACUCCUACCGUGAACAAUCUAGCCCCAGUCCACCUUCUUCGCGAUCAGCCGAACGCAAUGCACCAUCACAAUACUCGGCCCAAACAUCCUCAGUUCAAGACUCCACCCCCAGCAAGCGUACUGCGAUGGGCCGGCAACCAGGCAAAGACACUACUACCAACACGCUUGACGACUUUAGCAAUAAUCCUCAGAUGAUACCCGGCAACAACACACGGACGGAUAGCCUCUCAUUCAUCCCGACCAUGCCGGAGGAGCAACGGAAACCCGAGGACCGUAAAUCUGAGGGCAAGAAGUCCAAGAAGGAGUCCGAGGGGCGAAAGUCGAGCUGGCACUGGUUGCUGGGCAGUGAAGAAAAGGAUAAAAAGAAGGAUAAGGAUGGAGACUCGAAGAAGUCGAGGUCGAGGUUCUCCGACAAGAUAACACACCAUAAUUCUCGCAUCGAAACACCCACGCAAUCAUCCAUGGACAACAGCCCGAAGGGCAGGGAAAGUCUCAUCCUUGAUCGCCUUGACCCGAAGUUGGAGGAAGAGCGACGAAAAGAUGGUGUUCGAAGGGCUUCGGGGGAGUCCAAAAAAGAGAAAGACGGCAUCUUCUCAUCGAUUUUUGGUGGUGGUAGGAAAAAGCAUAGCGGGGAGGGCCACCAUCGAAAGAACUCUUCGCGCAAUCUCUCUCCUGAUCCCCCAGUGCGGGUGCUGAAGGCAGAUGUCGACUAUCCUUGGACACGAUUUUCCAUCUUGGAGGAGCGAGCAAUUUAUCGCAUGGCGCACAUCAAACUUGCGAAUCCGCGACGUGCACUUCACUCCCAGGUGUUGCUGAGCAAUUUCAUGUACUCAUAUCUGGAAAAGGUACAGCAGAUGCACCCCCACAUGGUGGUGGCAUCUUCUGGGUCUCAGAGGUCUUCUCAACAAAGGGACCAGCCUGAUGAGUACACUCAAUAUCAGCGAUACCAAGAGGCACAGGAUCAGCAACAACAACAACAACAACAACAACAACAACAACAACACCAAUACGCGGAUAGCGCAUAUGAUGAUCCAUCCAUGUAUGACUACGACGACGAUCCGCAUGAUCCGUACCAGUCCCAGGGAAGCAAUGGUAAACAUGGCUACGAAAAUGGCCAUGUUUACGACUCGGGACAUUACCAGUACGGGCACUCGUCUUAUGGCGGCCAUGGCCAUGAUGCCCAUUUGGAUGACGACGAUGACGAUGAUAUGUGGUGA